AUGGAGUCAAAUGCCCCUGACAGAGUUUACGCGCUUCACGUUGAAGCACAACCGAAGCCCAGCCCUCUCCUUAAAAUGAUAGCAGUCGCCUCCAUCGCCGCCGGUAUACAAUUCGGCUGGGCUCUCCAGCUCUCUUUACUCACACCAUACAUCCAGCUCCUCGGAGUACCUCACAAGUGGUCAGCCAAUAUCUGGCUCUGCGGUCCCAUCUCCGGGCUAAUCGUCCAGCCUAUUGUCGGAUACUACAGCGACCGGAGCCGUUCUCGCUUCGGUCGCCGUCGUCCCUUCAUCUUCUUCGGAGCAUUAUCCGUUGCCAUCUCCGUCUUCCUCAUCGGCUACGCGGCCGAUAUCGGCCGCUCUUUAGGCGAUAACAUAACGAAGAAAACACGUCCACGUGCUGUUGUUAUCUUUGUGCUAGGGUUUUGGGUACUCGACGUGGCUAAUAACAUGCUUCAAGGACCUUGCCGUGCUUUUCUCGGUGACCUAGCUAAGGGUGAUCACCGGAGAAUGAGAACCGGUAACGCGUUCUUCUCGUUCUUCAUGGCCGUUGGUAACGUUCUAGGUUAUGCUGCUGGCUCUUAUGGUAAACUCUAUAAGAUUUUUCCGUUCUCCGAAACCAAAGCUUGUGACGUAUUUUGUGCAAAUCUCAAAACAUGUUUCUUCUUCUCAAUCAUUCUCCUCGCCGGAGUUUCUGCCUUUGCUCUACUCUACGUAGAAGACACUCCAAUCGAAUCAAAGCAAACAAAAUCUCAAUCAGAGCCUGAAGAUGAUAAAACAGAUUCAUGCUUUGGUGAAUUACUAGGUGCUUUCAAUGGACUUGAAAAGAAGAUGUGGAUGUUAAUGUUGGUAACCUUUAUAAACUGGAUAGCAUGGUUUCCUUUCUUCUUGUUCAACACUGAUUGGAUGGGUCAUGAAGUGUACGGUGGCGCCACCGGUGAAAAAAAUUAUGACGCCGGUGUUCGUGCUGGUGCUUUGGGACUCAUGGUUAAUGCGGUUGUGCUUGCGGCCAUGUCUUUGGCGGUUGAACCAUUGAGCCGUUUAGUUGGUGGAGCCAAGAGAUUAUGGGGAAUCGUUAAUAUUAUUCUCGCUUUUGCGCUGGUUAUGACGGUUGUUAUUACCAAAGCAGCGGAACAUGAACGCCGUGCCACUGGUGGAGGAACGCCGUCUAACGGUAUUAAAGCUGCCGCAUUAGUUUUCUACGCCGUCCUUGGAAUCCCUAUGGCGAUUAAUUUCAGUGUACCAUUUGCUUUAGCAUCUAUUUACUCUACCUCAACAGGAGCAGGGCAAGGUUUAUCUUUAGGAGUCCUCAAUAUUUCAAUUGUUGUGCCACAGAUGAUAGUAGCACCAUUGAGUGGACCCUGGGAUUCCUUGUUUGGUGGUAGCAACUUACCUUCAUUUAUCGUGGGUGCUGUGGCGGCAGUCAUCAGUAGUAUUUUGGCAAUUGUUCUUUUACCGACUCCAAAGCCAGCCGAUAUUGUCAAAGCUUCAACUGCCACCCCCGGUGGUUUUCAUUAA